AUGGCAGCCCCGACGAUCGAAUGCAAAGAGUUUUUUUUGCUUGCAGAAGGACUAUAUACACUUAAAGAAAACAUUUUCUUAGAAAUAAGUGCUCCAAAUCUGGUCAGUGGGACAUUGGUUUCUGUAGUUUCUGUAAAGUAUAAGGAAUAUACAGCACAUCCAAACAUAAAUACUGUAGAAGAUGCGUCAGCGAUCGAUCGUGUGGGCGAAAAUGUUCAAAAUAACCAAGCAACGCCUUCGACUGAAAAUACUUUAGAGGUUGAUUUGGACGAGCCAACAGAAAUAGAGAAAACGCAGCCUAACCAACAGCAGCUACAUGCUGAGGCGGUAGCUCAAAAUGUUGACCUUCCUAAUUCUAAUUUUACAUCACAACAAACACCUUCCUUAUCUAAACCUUCAACGAGUAAUGGAUCGAUUCCAACUUCAAUAGAAGGAAAAAAUGAUGACAUGUUUUCGUUUUUACCUGUAAUAAAACGAAAAAAAACAAAGAACAAUCUUACCAAAACUACUUCAUCUUUUGUGGCAAAAAUCAUUCAGAACGAUAAUCUGACAAAAAUUUUGGCGAACCGGCAAAAUGAAGACAUUUAUUUAUUUUUUAAUUCUGGGCGAACGUUCUGUUGGAUUGAUCUGACAAACAAACCAAAGGAUCCAUUGACCAAGAUUAAUUUUACAAAAGCUCAUCCCAUAUGCCAUGAUGUUAACCAGUUGACUCGUUCUUGUGAACAUUUGGAUGUUGUUAUCGGUUUUUCAUCUGGUGAUAUUAUUUGGUUUGACCCUUUAUGCAAUAAGUAUUAUAGGUUAAACAAACAGGGAAUAAUAAACAAUUCAUCAACAACUAUGGUGAGAUGGGUUCCUGGCUCAGAGAAUUUAUUUAUGGUAUCUUAUCAAGAUGGUUCGGUUGUCAUAUAUGAUAAAGAAAAAGACGAUCAAAGCUUCACCCCGACAGCAACAAAUGAUGAAGACGG